GGCCUGAAGGUGGACGAGCGGAGAGGAGUGGGCAAGUUCCACUGAUAUCUAAAUGGUGACAGAAACUGGAGGACAAGUAGAGCCGAAUGACUGAGAUGGUCUAAGCAGAAGGAGCAGCAAGUUGGGUGCCUUCUCCCUUGUUUGGUGACCUGCUCAGGAGAGCUCCACUCUGCUGCCCACAUGCCCACCCAGCUGGAGGUGGCCAUGGACACGAUGAUUCGAAUCUUCCACCGCUACUCUUGCAAGGAAGGGGACAGGUUCAAGCUCAACAAGGGGGAGCUGAAGAUGCUGUUGCAGAGAGAGCUCACAGAAUUCCUCUCAUGCCAAAAGGAUCCGCAGUUGGUUGAUAAGAUAAUGCAGGACCUGGAUGCCGAUAAGGACAAUGAAGUGGAUUUUAAUGAAUUUGUGGUCAUGGUGGCAGCUCUAACAGUUGCUUGUAAUGAUUACUUUGUAGAACAACUGAAGAAGAAAGGCAAAUAAAGAUGAAUAGUAAGCUAAAUAUGAGGCAGAAA